GACUCUCUCUGGAAAUGUCAUCAUUGUGACCAUCAUUCGCCUGGAUCAUCACCUCCACACUCCCAUGUACUUCUUCCUGAGCAUACUGUCUAUUUCUGAGACCUGCUACACUGUGGCCAUCAUCCCCCGAAUGCUGUCUGACCUCCUGAGUCCUCACCAAUGCAUUGCCACCCAAGGCUGUGCCACACAGCUCUUCUUCUAUCUCACCUUUGGCAUCAAUGACUGUUUCCUGCUCAUAGUCAUGGGGUAUGACCGCUAUGUGGCCAUCUGCAACCCACUACGGUAUUCCAUUAUCAUGAGUAAAAGGUCCUGUGUUUAUCUGGCAUCUGGGUCACUGGGAAUUGGGCUCAGUAUGGCCAUUGUCCAGGUAACAUCUGUAUUUGGUCUUCCCUUCUGUGAUGCCUUCAUCAUCUCUCACUUUUUCUGCGAUGUGCGACCCCUGCUGAAGCUGGCCUGUACAGACACCACUGUCAAUGAGAUCAUUAACUUUGUGGUCAGUGUCUGUGUUCUUAUUCUACCCAUGGGCCUGGUCUUCAUCUCCUAUGUCCUCAUCAUCUCUACGAUCCUUAAAAUUGCUUCAGCUGAGGGCAGAAAGAAGGCUUUUGCCACCUGUGCCUCCCACCUCACAGUGGUCAUCAUCCACUAUGGGUGUACCUCCAUCAUUUACCUCAAGCCCAAGUCCCAGAGUUCCCUGGGGCAGGACAGACUCAUCUCAGUGAUAUACACUGUCAUCACUCCCCUACUGAACCCUGUUGUGUACAGUCUGAGGAACAAGGAGGUCAAAGAUGCUCUGUGCAGAGCUGUGGGGGGAAAGCUCCCCCUUUAGUGAA